CUGGAGCUAAAGUGUCAAAACCUGUGGCUACAAAGGAGAUGAGGGCCUCAGGAGCAGUACUCCUGGUGAUGCAGCCUUAGCUCCUGUUGGGUUCUUAUCUAACUGUCUAGCUAUUGGCAGACUUUCCGGAAGCUGCUGUCUGAUUAGCUCUGAUGGAGCUCCACUACCUUGCUAAGAAGAGCAGCCAGGCAGCCCUGUGUGAUGCUGUGGACUGGAGUGCAGGAGGACCUCCCAGUGACGAGGCAGAUGCAGCAGUCACCAAAGCUGCUCUCUGCUGCCAGAAACACUGUAUGUCAAUACAAAAAGCCCUAGAGAUGGAAGGGUCUAACCUUAGCCCUUCUCUAGCAUCCCCUUCCUCCUCUCUGCAAGACAAUGUUAUUCAGCCAGACUCCUUGCCACAGGGACAUCUCAACUCAGAAAACAACCAAAUAACAGCAGAACGGAAAAUCUGCAACUGCUGUAGCCAGGAAUUAGAAACCUCUUUUACCUACGUGGAUGAGAACGUCAACCUGGAUCAAAGGAACCGGAGCUCCCCUUCAGCAAAAGGGAGUAAUCACCUGGGAGACCUUGGCUGGGGAAAUUCAAAUGAGUGGUCCCACGAGGCUGCCAUAUCCUUGAUAUCUGAAGAUGAAGAUGAUACAAGUUCAGAAGCUACAUCUUCAGGGAAGUCAGUAGACUAUGGUUUCAUCAGCGCUAUCUUGUUCUUGGUCACUGGCAUCUUGCUGGUGAUCAUCUCUUACAUUGUCCCCCGGGAUGUGACUGUGGAUCCCAACACCGUGGCAGCCCGGGAGAUGGAACGCCUGGAGAAGGAGAGUGCGAGGCUGGGGGCUCACCUGGACCGCUGUGUGAUUGCUGGACUCUGUCUGCUCACGCUUGGGGGGGUCGUUCUGUCCUGUUUGCUAAUGAUGUCCAUGUGGAAGGGAGAGCUCUAUCGUCGUGACAGGUUUGCCUCUUCCAAAGAGUCUGCGAAACUCUAUGGUUCCUUCAGCUUCAGGAUGAAAACUAGCAGUAAUGAAAACACCCUGGAACUGUCCUUGGUAGAGGAAGAUGCUCUCGCUGUACAGAGUUAAUUCUGGUUGUGAAUUUCUUAAGAGUCUGCUUUGGCAUUUUAUAUGAACAAAGCAAAGCAAAGGAAAACAAAACACAACACAUUUCUUAAAAUUAACAGUGCAACUUAUUUACCUGGCAAGAAAAGUUUAUUUCCCAAACCAACAGCCAAUAUGUGUUUUUGUUCUCUACGUAUUUUUUCUUUAGAAGAAAAGCCAUGUAAGAUGCAUUAAGAAACCACAACCAGCUACACCAGUCCUUCUAAAGAGCUGAGGUUAAUUAAUCUGUAAUGGUCAUCAGCUUCUACUUCUAUAACAAAAUAUUUCUAACAGUCCAGUGUAUAAAUGACUUCUUUUACAUGAUUUGGGAAAUUAUUUUUUGGACACUAGUAGGAUGAAUUAGUAACCUAUUUUGUGAAAAAGAACAUAAACACUAAUCACAUAAUGAGGCUUACAUUUAAUUCUCAAAGGUGCUUAUCUAUUUUCUUGCUAAAUUUAUUUUUCCUGUAAUUUGGCUAAACACUAAAA